CAGCGUCAUUGGCUCGCAGGCUGCCUGUCUCGUUCAGUAAGUGAGAGGGAAACACCAGCAGAAGAAGAACUGCUCAGGGCAGACAGGGAGCAGAGAAGCAGCGGAGAAGCAGCCCUCCAUUCAUCUCCCUGUGACACAGACUCGGCAUCCAGCAGUGCAUGCAGAAAUCUCCAGGACACGUAUCAGUGUGCGUGGCUCUUGGUCAUGUGUUUAAUGUUGUAUAAAAGAGGAGCUGAGAUGUACAGGCAAUCAUACACUGAGCUGAAAUCAGGAAUCGGUACAAUGAAGGUCAUCCUGCUUUUUGCACUGUUUGGUCUGAGCUUCUGUCAAGAAGACAAAUGUUCAGGAGAGAAAGUUUCUGACCCAAAUGGCAACAAUUGUCUAUUACUAGCACUAAAGGAGCUUUCAGAAUUUGGCCCUGCUGUUGCCAAUUUUUCUUGUGCAUACGAUCAGUAUCAGGAGGAUGAAAACAAAGAGAGUUUUAAAGCUGCAUUGGGAAAAUUUGGUCGUACACUGAAGUGUACAAUCUGCCAUAUUGGUAACACUAUUGGUGAUAUUUUUUUGAUUUCAGCUACGAAUGCUGCAGAAGAUGCUCUAAGCAAUUCCAGUAAGGCUGUGCUAGAUCUUCUGGAAGUACUGAAACUAGAUAAAACCGUGUUUAAGGCUCUUUGUGGAUUGGGAGGGAAACUUUUAGCAUCAGAAUGCCUGAAGAAUGCCCUUGCGAAUGAAGCUACGGGCAUAUUAAAGGGUCUGAUAAAACUUUAUUGUGAGUCACAGAAAAGUGGUGCAACUGUUGCUGCUGAUGAUAUAGUAACAUUAGUGAAAGAUAUUACAUGCCUCUUGGAGGAACUUGGACUGCCAGAUUUUGACGCAAUGGAAAAAUCACUGGGAUCACUUGGUUCGAAAACUCUUCAGGGACUGCUUGGACAGAUAAUCGCUCUUACUGGGAAUGAUGUGGUUGGCCCACUAGCUUGUCAUGUGUUGGACCCUUGGUUCGGUAAAUUAAUUUAGACUGGAAACUACUUACUGAAUUAAUAUCAUGUGGUGCAUUCUGAACUUCAAACGUAGAAAAUAGGACAGCAUGAAUAAAUAAUACAAAAAAAUAUAUAAAAUCAAAUCUAUGAUUUUUUUUUUUUUUCAGAUUUUCUUACAUUUCCUUUCUUACAUUUCCAUGUGCCACAAAACUCUUAACUCUAACUUUAUUCUCUAAUCAAUAAACUUUAUUCAAAUCAA